GAAGCCACGAUAGAGCAGAUAUCCCCGCACAUGUUCAUCUGUUCGCUCCACCGCCGAGCCCAUGGCGAUCUCCGACCCUGGAGGAACGCUCGUCAAUUUAUUACAUCAUCGGAUUUACUACUACUCCCAAUCAGUUGCUCAGUGUACAGUUACUAUGGCAACCACAAAACAAGAAGCUGCCAGAAGGGAGAACAUGUCCGCAGAGGCCAAAGAGAAAGAAAAGGGGAGGACCAGUGAGCUUUUUCAGGCCAAGGACAAGAAGAGCAAUGAAGAGGUGAACGUCAAGGAGCCAGCGAAGACGUGCGCCGCCUCCUCUGCUACUACCCUUUGCGGGCCAUCCAAAGAAGAACACAUCAACAACAUCCCGGAAGCGGUCGAUGACUUUGUCAGGAACUUCCUCCAGAGAAUUGGCCUGACCCGUACUCUCAACUGUUUUGAGGACGAGUGGUACAGCUCAGCUGAGAAACUCCUGACAGAGCCCUUGUUGACGGGUCCUCCGGCACCUGGCGCCCCCGUCCUCUCCGAUGCCCUCACGCACAAGCGGCUCCUUCAGUCGGAGCUGCGGAAGGUCUACGGAGAGACCGACCGGUUCGAGCAGGAGGUCCUAUCUGCAGGGGACCGCCUCGUAAGGUUGCAAAGGGACAGGGAUCUGCACCUCCUGCAUUGCCGGCGACUCGUUGCUGACAAAAGCCGUCUGACGGACGACAUCAAACGGCUGAAGAAACGCCUGGCGUCCUACGAGCCGGCGCUGAAGCGGCUGGGUGACAAAUACGAGGUGGCCCUGAGGCAGAAGAUGCUUCUCAGUUUGGAAAGCGAACGGUUGCAGAACACCUUGGAUGCGAGCCAAAGCCGGGACAAAACCCUAACCAAGACGGAGAGAAGCACCAAGAAGAGCGCGACCCAAUGGCAGAGCGCCGCCAGACACCCGAAGGACACAGAGUUUCCCGUCUGUAGUAGGCCGGUGACCCUUCGCCGCAGUCCGCAAAAUCCUGGAGAACAGAAAAGCCCCGGCUCAUUCGGUCUGUUCUGUUCCAUCAAAGCCCACACUCUUCCCAUAAGCCGCAUCAGUCUCCACCCGGGGAAGAAAAUCCUCGCGAGUGCCAGCGAUGACCGCAGCUGGAAGCUGUGGGCGCUGCCGGCCAGCAGGGAGAAGGUGGGCCAGAUGGUCCUGACAGGUGAGGGCCACUCUGAUUGGCUGUCCAGCUGCAGUUUUCACCCAGAAGGAACUAAACUAGCAACAACCAGUGGAGACACCACGGUAAGGCUCUGGGAUUUUUUAUGUGGACGUUGCGUGUUGACAUUCUCCGGUCAUAGCCAGCCCACGUGGGGGUGCUCCUUCCACUCAUGUGGCCAUUUCCUGGUGUCCUGUUCCUCUGAUAAAACUGCCAAGCUGUGGGACCUGAACAGCCAGCGCUGCAGGCUGACAAUGCGUCGCCACACCGCCUCUGUCAACAGCGUCUGCUUCCAGUCCUUCUCCAACACGCUCCUCACUUCGUCGGCAGAUAAAACUCUCGCCCUGUGGGACAUCAGGCUCGGCGUGUGUACGACAUCCUUCGAUGGACACCGGCAUCCUUGCAACCACGCCACCUUAGGCCUUGCUGAGGAAGUCAUUGCUUCCUGUGACACCCGUGGCACCGUCAACCUGUGGGACACGAGGAGGCCCACCUCUGCUGUACGCACGAUAGACGCAGGGCCCCUGAGCGCCAAUCAGGUGGCAUUCAGUCCGUCAGGGAGGAUGCUUGCAAUUGCGAGCAGUGACAGUUUGGUCAGACUGGUGAACGUGGACUCCUGGGCAAUCAGCAACCUGUCGGGGCAAGGGGACAGUGUGCAAAGUGUCACGUUUGACCACAAGGGGACAGCGGUUAUGUCUGCAGGAAGUAACGGCCUCAUUAAUGUAUGGAUGUAAAGAACGAAGAGGACACAAAUGAUCCUCCUCGUCAGUGAAAGAAAAUGGCAUUUAUUCGACCGAUAAACAAUUCAACAAUUACAGUCAAGAUGGUUGCACACCCCGGGCAUGUUUUAGGACUUUGUGUGUGUGUGUGUGUGUGUGUGUAAUAAGAUUGGAUGGAUCUAUCGAUCUACAGUGCCACCAGAAAGUAUUCACACGCCUUCACCUUUUCCACAUUUUGCUACGUGACAGACUUAUUCUAAAGCUGAUUUGAGCAGUUUACUUCUCCAUAAAAUAUCCUGUAAUGACAAAGUAAAAACCUAUUUUCAGACAGUUUUGGAAAUGUAAACAUUUAAACAUAAUAGGCACAUCAGUAAUCACACCAUUGGCUUAAUAUUUUGUCGAAGCACCAUUGGCAGCAAUCACAGCCUCAAGUCUUCUCGGGUGUGUCUCUACAAGCGUCGCACAUCUGUUUUGGGACAUUUUCUCUCACUCUUCUCUGCAGAUCUUCUGAAGGUCAGUCAGGUUGGAUGGGCAGCAUCGGUGGACAGCCAUUUUUAGGUCUUUCCAGAGAUGUUCGAAUGGAUUCGAGUCCGGGCUCUGGCUCAGCCACUCAACGACAUUCACAGACUGCUCCAGAAGCCACCCCUUCGUUAUCUUGGCUGUUAGCUUUGGAUCAUUGUCGUGUUGGAAGGCAAAUCAACACGCUAGUCUCAGUUCCAGAGCACUCUGGAGCAGAUUCUCUUGAAGGAUUUCUCUAUAUUUGGCAGUUGUCAUCUUACCCUCUACUCUACGGUUGUGCGGACUAGUCUCCCAGUUCCUGCAGCAGAAGAACAGCCACACAGCACGAUGCUAACACCACCAUGCUUCACAGUAGGGAUGGCGUUAGCCAGAUGAUGAGCAGUGCCUCUUCUUCUCCAGAUAUGACGCUUGCAAUUCAAGCCAAAAAGUUAUAUUUUACUUUCAUCAGACCAGUGAAUUUUGUUUCUGCAAGUCUGAGAAUCCUUAAAGUGCCUUUUGGCAAACUCCAAGUGGGCUGCCAUGUGCCUUUUAGUGAGAAGUGCCUUCCGUCUAGCCACUCUACCAUAAAGGCCUGCUUUGUGGAGUGUGUUAGCAAUGGUUAACCUUCUGGAUGGUUCUCCUAUCUCCGCAAGGGAACACUGGAGCUCCGCCUUAAGUGACCGUAUAGGGUUCUUGUUCACCUCUCUGACCAAGGCCCUUCUUCCUCAGUUUUACUCAGCUCGGUCGGACAGCCAGAUCUAGGAAGGGUCCUGGUGGUUCCAAACUUCUUCCCUUUCGGAAUAAUCGAUACCACAGUGCUUUUCGGAACCUUCAAUGCUGUUGAAAUUCUUUUGCAUCCUUCCCCAGAUUUGUGCCUUGACACAAAUCCGGUCUUGGAGGUCUGCAGACAAUUGCUUAAGACUUCAUUGCUUGGUUUCUGCUCUGAUAUGCACUGCUGACUAUGAGACCUUAUAUAGACAGGUGUGUGCUAUUCCAGAUGAUGUUCAAUCAAUUGAAUUUACCACAGGUGGACUCCAUACAAGUUGUAGAAGCACCUCAAGGAUGAUCAGUGGAAAUCAGAUGCACCUGAGCUUAGGGUUGAGUGUAGUAGCAAAAGGUUUUACUACUUAUGUACCUACUAUGUUUGAAUGUUUACCUUUUUUUAUACAUUUUCGCCAAUGUCGGAAAACGUUUGUACUUUGUCAUUAUUGAAUAUUUGAUGUCGAUUUAAAAAAAAAAAAAAAAAAAACUAUACUCAAAUCAGCUUUAGAAUAAGUCUAACAGCAAAAUGUGGAAAACGUGAAGGGGUGUUAAUGCUUUCUUGUGGCACUGUAGAUAGAUAGACAGACAGACAGUCCUCACCAUGAAGGACCCCUGGAGGGGAACAACACCAUCGAACUCCUUCAGCACCAUAUAGAAGCUCCUAUCAGCCAUGAAGGACCCCUGGAGGGGAACAACACCAUCGAACUCCCUCAGCACCAUAUAGAAGCUCCUAUCAGGCAUCAUGGGGGCUAAAAUGACUUUGCAUUUGGAUCAAUACAUGAGCAGAGCACAGAAAGGCAUCGGUAAUAACACCAGGGGAGCCAAAGACCAGCUACUGGUCGACAGGGCAAUUGCCCAAGACUGUAAAAGCAGAAGUACCAACCUGUUCACUGCCUGGAUUGACGACAAGAAAGCCUAAGACUCGAUGCAACACACAUGGACACUGGAGUGCCUGGAGCUGUAAAAGUUCAAAAGGAGCCUAAGAACAUUCAUCAAUAACACAAUGAGGCUGUGGAAGCCAACUCAAAGGCAAUUGUACAGGUGAACAUCAAAUGUGGCAUAUGCUCUGUCUCCACCGCUGUUCUGCGUAGGCCUGAACUGCCUCGGAGUGGUUUCGGGUAUCGGUUCAGAAGCGGAACAACGAUCAGCUACCUCCUCGACGUGAAUGACGUCAAGCUGUAUGCUAAGAACGAGCAUGACUGAGUCCGUGAUACACCUCACGAUAUACAAUAUAUACAGCAAUGACAUCGCACAGGCCCUAAACACAAGAUCAAUAGAUGCCGGGAUCUACCACAUCAGACAGGACUCCAGGUGGAGGCUGUGCAAAGAAGCCCCAGACACAGUGCGGCACAUCACAGCAGAGUCUAAGAUGCUGACAGGCAAUGCAUAACCAGAUAGCAGCAAUAGUCCACCGGAACAUCUGUACCAAAUAUGGAAUCAAGAUAGCAGACACCACCCAGAGUGGUUGAGAACAACCAGGCCAAGAUCCUGUGGGACUUCCAAAUCCAGACUGACAAACUACAUGGAGGCCAACCAGCCUGACAUAGUGGUGGUGGAUAAACAUGAGAAGACGGCAGUGAUGAAAGAUGUAGCAAUCCCGAGUGAUAGCAACAUGCGGAAAAGGGAACACAAAAAGCUGGAGCAAUACCCAGGACUGAAGGAAGAACUUGAGAAAAUGUGAAUGGUGACGGACGUAGUGGUGCCCAUAGUGAUCAGGGCACUGGGGGGGGAGUGACCCCCGAGCUGGGAGAAUGGCUCCAGCAGAUACCAAGAACAACAUCCGACAUGUCCAACGAGAAGAGUCCAAUACUGGGAAGUGCUAAGAUCCUGCACA